AGCUUUUUCAUAAUAUUUAUUAAAUUAUAAAAUGAACAAAUAUAAUUUUUUCACAAUUUUUAUUUAUUAAAUUAUAAAAUGAACAAAUAUCAUUAUUUCACAAUUCACAAAAUUACACAUAUAUACAAUAGUUAAUAUAUAUUAUUAGUAAUCUUCCUUUUACUUACUGUUUAUUCCUAACCUACUUUGUUUUUUUCUUUAUUACAGAUACUUUAAUAAUCCCAUUAAAAUAUUCUCGUGCUUUCAUGAAAAGCAGUAUUCAGCAGAAUUACUAGAUUUUAUUUUAAAUGACUUUAUUUUAAAUUAGAUUUUAUUUUAAAUGAUGUUAUGAUCAUCAGUUAUGUUAUGAUCAUGUUAUCAAAAACAGCAGUAAUAUUAAAGAAUAUGAAGAUUUAAAAAUUAUUAGAACACUGCUCGUAUUUUGUUAUACUUUUAACUCGGAAAAAAAAAUCUUCCGGAUUCUACAAUUCUGAAGUUUUAGUAACAUGCUCCAUUACAUAACGCAUUUGUAAUCUAAGUUUGUUUUAUUUGGUUAUUAAUGCAGUUAUAUGUAAUCAUGUCGAAACAUUUAUCAAUACGUAAUGGAUGUAGUUACCAAAUAAUUUUUUGCCAUCGGUGUUUGUUUACAUGAUGAUAUUAAGGAUUUUCUAUAAACUAAACUUCUCGAAAUUCACAUAAAAAAGUGGAAAACAGCCAAUUAUAGUAACCCAGACAAAUAGUUUGUGACGUAUUGUUGCCACCAGUCACGUGAGACCCGCUAACUUCCGUAAACCGUCAGCGUUUGUAGUCGCAUAAUUGUAACGGACUUUAUUAUUAUUAUUCGGAUCUAUUUUAGGUAUUGUAAUUUGGCAGCACUAUUUGGCGGUUCCUUUGGAUUAUUGAAAACUGUUCUGGUUUUGAGGUCUUGGAAUAGUGACUAUUUUGAAAAGCAUAUUUCCCAUGUAAUAUUUAGAUAUUUGAAGAGUCAAAUAUCAGAAUGAGUGAAGGAAAACCAGCAAACUUAGAUGAGGAUCUUGCAAAAUUUAGCACAAAUGCAUCUGAUAAAAGUAUGCCAAAUGACCUAGUUAAAUGGAUGCAAGAGCUCCGUGAUCCAGCUGUUUCUGAUGAGCUGAAGACCAUUAUAUCAAAGAUGAAUGCAGAAAAUCCAGUUUCAGAUACUAUACUUAAGGGAAAAUAUCAAAUUUUGUUGCUGGAAAAAUUACUUCCUUGGCAAAACCCCCUUGGAUGCCUUUUUCAGACAUCUCUUGGUGUUUGCUUUGUAGAGAAAAGGCAUAGCUCAACAUCAUCUGAGAAGGGGAGGGAAAUUUCACCUAAUCCUGAUGAGCUGCCUCAAAUGCCAGACUUUCAAUUGCUAUUUGAAAAAAUGGGGAAUUCAGAAUUUAUUCUUCAUCCAUUAGAUAUCAGUAUAGGAAGGAAACUACUUUCUAUAUAUAAGUCUAUCAAGUCUGAUGGAGGGAAAAGACUACCGCUUAUUGCUUUAUGUUAUGGUGAGAAUCCUAAGAGCAUGGUUUUACUGGGAUUAUUAGUGGAAGACCCCAAGAUUGCACGGUUAAGAGUAACCAAUGAAGGUUCAGUUUCUAAAGAGGAUCACUUACCAAGUAUGUCAUCUUUAAAGACUAGGCAUCUAGAGGGUUUUAUGCCAAGCACUUCAACGGUAUGUUAAAUGCUAUAAAGUAGAAUUCC